AUGUCUACCGAAAAUCACGUGGUGCUUAACGAUCCUGCUGUCCAAGAAGCUAUCUCCUCCGCUGUCAAGUCGGCUUCGCUCGACAUUUACGCCAUCUUGGAAUCCCUAAAGCAAGAACGCGACAAUGCAUCGCCAGCUGUUACUGAAAAGGUUGCUCCUGCUGUUGUCGAGGAAACCAAGCCCGAGGAACAAGUCCCUGUUGAACAAGCCAAUAAGGAACAAGAGGAGGAAUUGGUGAUUGAACAAAAGGAUGAGGCUGUGCUUGCCGCUAUCUCCACUGCUGUUGCUGGCAAGGCUAUUGAUAUUCAUGGCAUUGUUGACAAGGUGGUGGCUGACAAGAAGGUCAACGAUGAGCGUAUCGCUGCUGAAAAGGCUGCUGAAGAGGAACGGUUGGCUGCUGAGAAGAAGGCUGAAGAAGAACGUAUUGCUGAAGAAGAGCGUUUGGCUGCUGAAAAGAAGGCUGAAGAAGAGCGUAUUGCUGAAGAAGAACGUAUUGCUGCUGAGAAGAAGGCCGAAGAAGAGCGUAUUGCUGCUGAAAAGAAGGCUGAAGAGGAACGCAUUGCCGCUGAAAAGAAGGCUGCUGAAGAAGAAGCUGCUCGUAUUGCUGAAGAGGAACGUUUGGCCGCUGAGAAGAAGGCUGAGGAAGAACGCAUUGCUGCUGAAAAGGCUGCUGAAGAAGAGCGUUUGGCUGCUGAAAAGAAGGCUGAAGAAGAACGUUUGGCUGCUGAACAAAAGGCUGCUGAAGAAGCUGCUCGUAUUGCCGAGGAAGAGCGUAUUGCUGCUGAGAAGAAGGCUGAAGAAGAGCGUAUUGCUGCCGAAAAGAAGGCUGAAGAAGAGCGUAUUGCUGCUGAAAAGAAGGCCGAAGAGGAACGCAUUGCCGCUGAAAAGAAGGCUGCUGAAGAGGAAGCUGCUCGUAUUGCUGAAGAGGAACGUAUUGCUGCUGAGAAAAAGGCUGAAGAGGAACGUUUGGCUGCUGAGAAGAAGGCUGAAGAGGAACGUAUUGCUGCUGAAAAGGCUGCUGAGGAAGAGCGUUUGGCUGCUGAAAAGAAGGCUGAAGAGGAACGUAUUGCUGCUGAACAAAAGAAGGCUGAAGAGGAGCGUUUGGCUGCCGAACAAAAGAAGGCUGAAGAGGAACGUAUUGCUGCUGAACAAAAGAAGGCUGAAGAGGAACGUUUGGCUGCUGAACAAAAGAAGGCCGAAGAGGAACGUAUUGCUGCUCAAAAGAAGGCUGCCGAAGAAGCUGCUCGUCUUGAAGCUGAAGCCAAUGUUGCUGCACAAAAGAUUUCUGCUCCUCAACCAGCUGUUGCCGCACCACCUUCCGCCAGCGAUGUUAAUCCUCAAGUACCACCUGCUGCUCCAGCACCUGCUGCUGCCCCACAAAACAAGGAAGCUGCUACCGCACAACAACCUGCACCUGCUGCUGAAGAGCCUGCUGCUGCCAAAAAGGGAUGCUUCAUCAUGUAA